UCGAGCAGUCGCAUUGACGACGCACCGCAUAGGCACCGGUCACGCAGCUAUAGCAACGGCCGAGCGAAGUCUACAAUGCGAAUCAAGAAUCCAGUUCGUGCAGAAGGCGCAUGUGAGUCUGAACCAUUAAAACCUAGUCAAGAUAGUCUUACGCUCUUUUUGAACGCUCUUAAGUCUGUAGGUCAUACUAAUUCUCUAGAUAAGUUAGGUAAUAUACAUAAUACUGUACCUGAAUUUGAUCCAUGUCGAAAGGAACAGACGAUGACCAUGUGGUUACAUAAAGUAAAUGAAUGCGCCACUAUUUAUGGCUGGACUGAAAAACAACUAAUACAUUUUGCUCUUCCUAAGUUACGCGGGGUUGCGCAGCGUUGGUAUGAGGGUCAGUCGUCUGUUCUAUUCUCAUGGGAAGAGUGGCAAACCAAAUUACAAUCUGCGUUCCCGUCAGAUGAAAACUAUGGGCAAACUCUCUGUGAUAUGCUGGCUAAGCGGGCUCGUUUCGGCGAAUGUCUCGAAACCUACUUUUAUGACAAAUUGGCCAUGAUAAAUAGGUGCGGUAUAGUAGGAAGGAAAGCUGUCGACUGUCUACUACACGGAAUAGAUGACCGAUCGGUUAGGCUAGGGGCAGAAGCUGUGCAAUAUGAUGACCCAGACAAACUUUUGGCCUAUUUUAGGAAUUCUAGAAAUAUAAAACCCACCUCGGAUCGUAAAAAUGUACAUAAAGGCCAAAAUUAUAUUAAAACUUCCGAAGCUUCAAUUAAACCCGGAAACAAAGGACAACGUUGCUAUAAUUGCAAACAAGAGGGUCAUAUAUUAGCUCGUUGUCCGUUACCUAUAAAAAAAUGCAGCAAAUGCUCCAGGGUAGGUCAUGAUGCAGAGCAGUGCUUCGCAAAACUGUUACCCCCACCGGAUAGUAAUAAAAAGGUUAAUAAGGUAGAUAUAUCAGACCACAACGAUGCGGGUGAUAAAUAUCUGAAAAUCGUGAGUGUCGAUGGCAUUUCAUUUAACGCAUUUAUAGACUUUGGUAGUGAGUGCUGUUCUAUUAGGGUAUCAGACUUCAAACGAAUAGGAGAUACAUAUGACACUAAUAACUUGCCUCAUCUCCGAGGUUUUGGCGGCUCUCUCGUUCAGGUAUUAGGAAAACGCCUUGUGAAUGUCAUGGUUGAUGAAGUUGAGGCUGAGGUUGAAUUACUUAUAGUCCCUGACAAUGCUAUGCAGGUCCCAGUGAUGAUAGGUCAGACGUUCACAGAGCAACGUCACAUUACUGUUUUUAAAACUAGCGAUACUCUAACUAUGUUACGUACUACAGAUGAUUUAGUAAUAAAUCGCAAAAUAAGGUUGUUCUGCAAAGACGACCUAUCAGUGUUUUGGUACCUCGUUAGUAGAGGUCUAUAGCGAUCCUGUUUUCGAAGGUGAGGUAUAUGUGGAGGGCGGAUUACGACUUCAGUCUGAUAUUAGAUUUUCAGUGUACCCAGGUCUAUUUAAUUUAGCAAAAGAUGGGACUGGUCAGAUAUUGAUGAAUGUACCGGUUGAUAAAAUGGUCAGGUUUAAAAGGGGUGCUUUAAUUGCACGAGGUUACAUUGCUAAGAAAGAUCUAUCCGUAAAAGUGGCUCAAGUAUCUACUGUUGAGCUUGAUCUACAGGUAUCACCUAUUGUUGCUGAUAAUGUCAAGAUUGGUAAAGGCAUCACUCAAGAUGAACAAGCCUCCCUAUUGUCACUCUUAAAUAAAUAUAGACAAUGUUUUGCUUUUAAUAUGACUGAACUGGGUACCACAUCUGC